AUGGAGAGUGGAGAGGUAUUUGUCAAUGGUAUACCAUACACUGCAACAGAAGAGGAGGUUGAGCAGGAAUUCAGUAAAUACGGAAUGGUGGCAGAGGUGUUUAUGAAGUACAAAGAAAGAACAGAUUCAUGGGGUGAGGGCCAGACGCUAAACACUGGCUUUGCGAUAGUUACAUAUACAUUUCCUAAGGAUGCGUGUGAAAUAUUAGGAGAGACAAUUCUAUUCCAGGGAAAGCAUAUUAAAAUACUACCAAGCAGAGGAAAGCCUGUAGAGGAGGCAACUGAUAAAAACAAGAGCAAUCUAUCACAUGGAAGAUACAACCCAGUGUUCUUUAACUUUACUGCAGUUCUUGGUGUUGCAUCAAAAGAAAAGAAAGUUUCUAAGCGAGACAUUCUUAAAGACAGAGGUAUUGGUGUGGGUGGUAAAAUAGCGCUAUUAGAAAGCGAACUUAUUGAAAGAACCCGCAUGUUUUUAAAGGACGAGGGAAUCUCUGAAGAGUGCACUUGCAGUAAAAAACCGUGCAUCUGCAUGUUUAUAUCCAAGAAGUCCAUAUUGGUUAAGAAUGUACCAUACGGAAUAAGAGAGGGAGAAAUUAGAGAACACUUUACCAAAUACAUAAGAGCAGUAUUCUCUCCAUCCAAGACUCUUAUUAUUCUAGAAUAUGGAAAUAAGUCUGAUGCUAUGGCAGAGCUUAAACAAAACAACUUUACCAGAAUAAGAGACCAGCCAAUAUAUAUAGAAUAUCUAAAGGUAACAAAAGAAAGGUAUGCUAGAGAAAUGGCAGGCCUUCCGCCUAUCACAGGACUAAAAUCUGCAGAGAAUGAGCUUAAGAAAGAGAAAGAAGACCCUCUUAUGCUUAAGCUUAUACUAAAGAAUGUACCAUUCCAGGCAGGCCGGGGAGAGCUAUCAGAGCUACUGACAGGUCUUAUAGGAACAGAUUAUACACUUCGAAUGCCUUUAAAGGCAGAUGGGACACACCGAGGAUUCUGUUUUGUUGAGAUGCAGUCAAGUGAUGCAGCAAACACUCUUCUUAGAAAGUUAAAGCAUGUCCAUCUCUAUGGAAGACACAUUGUAGCUGAGAAAGCACAGCUGUAG